UUUUCGAAGAUCCGCUCGUCAGUGUCCAAGGUCACGACAAUAUAAUCCGUCAGUUCCUUCUUCUGGCCACGAUGUUUUUAAACAUAACACCAGAAAUUCAUACUAUCACUGAUACAGUAGUAGCAGGAAAUCACCAUAUCGUUUGUAUUGAUGCAUUCAUCAAAUAUAGGUUACCUUUAAAACUACUACUGAUUCGUCACGAAAUAGAAUUACGUACAAUUACACGAUUUGAAUUUAAUGAGCAACAAAAAAUUGUUAAGCAUGAGGAUAUUUGGAGUUUAAAAGAUUUAUUGGAAAAUUUGCCAAUUAUUGGAUGUAUUUAUUCUGGAAUUUGGAGAAGGUGCACUGGACUCGUUACAAAUCAAUUAGUGAUUUUAGCACAAGAAACUAUUAAGAUUUGGAAGUAUGAACCGUAA